AUGAGCUCGAUCAAGUUCGUCGUGUCCUCGCUGGAUGCGAUUGAGAAGAACGCCCACCGGAAUAAGCCCCUGACCGAAUCCGUUCAAAAGGCACAAGCUGCCAUCAAGGAACAGAAUGACCUCCCUGACCCCGAGAUCAUCUUUGCGCCGCUCCAGCUCGCCACGAAGUCCGGCAACGUCCCCCUUGCGACAACUGCACUCGACUGUAUUGGAAAGCUUAUAUCCUACUCAUACUUCUCCGUGGCUCCCGAAGCCGCUCCUCAAGAUGGCGUCGAGCGGGCCCCCCUAAUCGAGCGAGCAAUCGAUACCAUUUGCGACUGUUUUCAGGGCGAGACCACACCGGUUGAGAUACAACUACAGAUUGUGAAGUCCCUCCUGGCAGCGGUGCUGAACGACAAGAUUGUUGUCCACGGUGCUGGGCUGUUGAAGGCUGUGCGUCAGGUCUACAAUGUCUUCCUGCUGUCGAGAAGUACUGCCAAUCAACAAGUCGCACAAGGUACCUUGACGCAGAUGGUUGGCACUGUCUUCGAACGAGUAAAAACAAGACUCCAUAUGAAGGAAGCACGUAUCAACUUGUCCAAACUCAAGCACAGCGAGAGUAAUAUCACAUUUGAUCCGGCCGAAUCCAUCAACGGAAACGGGAAUGGCGCGGAAGGCGAAGAAUCCCCAGAAGCAGCAUCUGAGGCAACGCCUUCAGAGCCUGCAGAUAAUGGAGCCCCGAAACUCACCCUCAAGGAUCUCGAAAACCGCAAAGACUUCGAUGAUUCACACAUGGGAGAUGGUCCGACUAUGGUGACACAGGUGAAGCCUAUGAAGGUGGCAAGGUCGGUGUCCGAACAAAGCGCACCGGACGGUUCGCCCGAAGAAACGCACGAGUCCCUCGACGCGGAAGACGAGGUGUAUAUACGAGAUGCAUACUUGGUUUUCCGAUCAUUCUGCAAUCUCUCCACCAAGGUCCUCCCUCCGGACCAAUUAUACGAUCUACGCGGCCAACCGAUGCGAUCGAAGCUCAUCUCUCUUCACCUCAUCCAUACCCUCCUCAACAACAACAUCAACGUUUUCACAUCGCCUCUAUGUACUAUUACCAACACCAAAAGCAAUGAGCCCACGACUUUCCUUCAGGCGAUCAAGUUUUAUCUCUGUCUUAGUAUCACCCGAAAUGGAGCCAGCUCGGUGGACAAGGUGUUUGAAGUCUGCUGCGAUAUAUUCUGGCUCAUGUUGAAGUUCAUGCGGGCGCCAUUCAAGAAAGAGAUAGAGGUGUUCCUCAACGAGAUUUAUCUGGCACUCCUCGCGCGGAAGAAUGCACCUCUCUCCCAGAAGCUAUACUUCGUCACGAUCUUGCACAGAUUCUGCGGCGAUCCUCGCGGCCUCGUGGAGUUUUACCUUAACUACGAUUGCGAUAGAAAUGUGGACAAUAUAUUUCAGACAAUUGUUGAAGAUCUUUCCAGAUUUGCGACCUCUUCUGUCGCCCUCACCGCUGCCCAAGAGCAGUUGUAUGAAGAAAAGGCUGCAAGAUUUUACGGACCCGAUUGGCAGGUCAAGGGCAUGAUGCCUCCUCCAUUGUCUGUUGCGCAGAUAGCACCACAUAACGAGCAAGAUCCGGAAAUCCCCAAGGAGUAUGUCAUCAAGAGAAUAGCUCUUGACUCACUUGUUGAGUCCCUUCGGUCAAUGGUAAACUGGUCUCAACCCAGCCGACCCGAGGGCAAUGGUACCACUUCGAACGUCGACGGAAGGCCAUCUGCAGAUGAGAUUAGAGAGUCAAUUGAUCCUUCAAUCAGUGACAGCGUGUCUAGGACGGACACACCAAACAUGCCGUCAACACCAGUGGUGGACGAUGAUCCUGAGCAAUUAGAGAAGGAGAAGGCUCGGAAAACAGCCAUGACUAAAGCUAUUGGCGUAUUCAAUUUUAAGCCAAAGAAGGGCGUUCAACUCCUUCUGAAGGAAGGUUUCAUUGCAAGCGAAAAGCCAGAGGAUAUUGCAAGAUUUCUCAUUUCAGAAGAGCGCUUGGACAAAGCCCAGAUUGGAGAGUAUCUUGGCGAGGGCGAGCCGAAGAACAUCGAGAUUAUGCACGCUUUCGUUGAUACCAUGGACUUCACGAAAAGGCGAUUUGUGGAUGCCCUGCGACAGUUCCUUCAGUCUUUCCGAUUGCCAGGAGAGGCACAAAAGAUUGAUCGAUUCAUGCUGAAGUUUGCCAAUCGUUAUGUCAUGGGCAACCCCAACGCAUUUGCGAAUGCAGACACUGCAUACGUCCUUGCAUACUCCGUCAUUCUCCUGAAUACUGACCUACAUAGCAGCAAGAUUGCCAAGCGUAUGAGCAAACUAGACUUCAUCAAGAACAACCGUGGCAUCAACGACUCUGCUGAUCUUCCUGACGAGUAUCUAAACGGCAUCUAUGAUGAGAUUGCCGAGAACGAGAUCGUCCUUAAGAGCGAGCGUGACGCUGCCGCUGCCGCUGGUUCAAUGCCAACGCAUGCCACUGGCCUUGCAGCUGGUCUUGGUCAGGCUUUUUCGAAUGUCGGGCGUGAUCUACAACGGGAGAUCUAUGUGCAGCAGUCUGAAGAGAUAGCGCUUCGAUCUGAGCAGUUGUUCAAGAAUCUCUUCCGCAGCCAACGGAAAAAUGCCGAGAAGGCCGGCAUUAAGUUCAUUCCUGCCACGUCCUUCAAGCAUAUUGGCCCGAUGUUUGAUGUCACAUGGAUGUCAUACUUCUCCGCGCUAUCAAGCCAAAUGCAGAAGGCAUCCAAUCUAGAAGUCAACAAGCUGUGCCUUGAAGGCAUGAAGCUAGCCACAAAGAUUGCCUGUCUGUUCGACUUGGCGACUCCUCGAGAAGCCUUCAUUUCAGCCCUGAAGAACACGGCAAAUCUCAACAAUCCUCAAGAGAUGAUGGCGAAGAACGUUGAGGCACUUAAAGUUCUUCUUGAACUUGGCCAGACUGAGGGCAACUUGCUGAAGGAAUCCUGGAAGGACAUAUUGAUGUGCAUCAGUCAGCUCGAUCGUUUGCAACUCAUCACAGGCGGCGUUGAUGAGAGCACUGUCCCAGACGUCUCCAAGGCUCGCUUUGUUCCGCCAUCAAGGGAAAGCACCGGGGAGUCGCGAAAGUCUAUGGCAGCAAGAAGGCACCGGCCACGAUCUAAUACAGGCCCGCAGGGCUUCUCUAUGAUCAUCGCUCUCGAAGCGAGAUCAGACGAGAUUAUCAAAGCCGUCGAUAGGAUAUUCACCAAUACUGCGAAUCUCAAUGGUGAUGCGAUGGUCCAUUUCGCCCGAGCCCUGACGGAUGUCAGCUGGGAUGAAAUCAAGGUCUCUGGUGCUCAUGAUUCUCCGAGGAUGUACAGCUUGCAAAAGAUUGUGGAGAUCAGUUACUACAACAUGACCCGUGUAAGAUUCGAAUGGUCCAACAUCUGGGACGUAUUUGGUGAGCACUUCAACAAGGCUGGAUGUCACGUCAAUGAGACCAUCGUCAUCUUCUCGGUGGACUCGCUCCGUCAAUUAUCAAUGCGCUUCAUGGAGAUUGAGGAGCUGCCUGGUUUCAAGUUCCAAAAAGAUUUCUUAAAGCCUUUCGAACAUGUUAUGUCCAACUCUCAGAACCUUCACGUGAAGGAGCUCAUCCUGCGCUGCUUGAUUCAAAUGAUUCAAGCUCGAGGUGAAAACAUCCGAUCCGGUUGGAGGACCAUGUUUGGCAUCUUCACUGUCGCUGCCAGAGAUCCGAACGAGAGCAUUGUCAACUUAGCCUACGAGAACGUGACCCAGGUUUACAAGACUCGGUUUGGAGUUGUCAUCCAGCAGGGUGCCUUCACUGACCUCAUUGUCUGCCUGACCGAGUUUUCAAAGAACAUCAAGUUCCAAAAGAAGAGCUUACAAGCCAUGGAGACUCUGAAGUCAAUCAUUCCGCGAAUGCUGAAAACACCUGAAUGCCCAUUGUCUCAGCGUUUCGAUAUCAAUGCAGCGAACAAGAUGGCUGAGAUCAGUAUCAAGUCUCCAGCAACCCAGCAAAGCCGAACCUCCGUUGAAGAAGGCUUUUGGUUCCCCGUCUUAUUUGCGUUCCAUGAUGUUCUCAUGACCGGUGAAGACUUGGAAGUCCGCUCAAAUGCGCUGAACUACUUUUUCGAGGCGUUGUUGCGGUAUGGUGGGGAUUUUCCAUCCGAGUUCUGGGACAUUCUUUGGAGGCAGCAGCUCUAUCCCAUCUUUAUGGUAUUGCGGUCGCGGCCGGAGAUGUCCAACGUGCUCAAUCACGAAGAGCUCUCUGUCUGGUUAUCAACUACGAUGAUUCAGGCUCUGCGGAAUAUGAUCACUCUCUUCACACAUUACUUCGAUGCCCUUGAGUACAUGCUCGACCGCUUCUUGGAACUGCUUGCACUUUGUAUCUGUCAAGAAAACGAUACUAUUGCAAGGAUAGGGAGCAACUGCUUGCAGCAAUUGAUUCUGCAAAACGUAGCGAAGUUCACACCGGAGCACUGGACGAAGAUAGUGGGCGCUUUCUGUGAGCUCUUUGAGCGUACAACAGCUUAUCAGCUGUUCUCGGCGACUACCAUCAACUCGACAGCCUCUUUGUCCCCACCUCCAAAUGGCUUGGACUAUGGGAACUCUGGUGGUCCUCUCAGCCCCGGACUGGAGACGCCAACCGACCUAAAGAUCAAUGGAACUGAGAAGAAUGGCGCGCCCAGUGAAUCUGACACGGCAAGCAUCCCGCCAACUCCUGCAGAAGAUGAUGCCCUGCGCACACCAACAGCAACGCAGAGUCAAAGUCCCCUCGAGGACUAUAGGCCGGCGAACAAUCUCCAGCAGCAGCCAGUGGUUGUCACAGCCGCUCGGCGACGCUUCUUCAACCGCAUCAUAAGUAGAUGCGUGCUUCAGCUGCUCAUGAUCGAGACUGUCAACGAGCUGUUCAGCAACGAUGCGGUGUACAACCAGAUUCCAUCAAGUGAGCUCCUCAGACUCAUGGCUCUGCUGAAGAAGUCCUUCCUCUUUGCCCGGCGCUUCAACAAUGACAAGGACCUGCGCAUGCGUCUCUGGAGAGAGGGUUUCAUGAAGCAGCCCCCAAAUCUUCUCAAGCAAGAGAGCGGCUCUGCCGCCACGUAUGUUGCGAUAUUGUUCCGCAUGUUUGGAGACACAGACCCUAAGAGGAGCGAGAGCAAGAACGACGUGGAAAAUGCAUUGCUGCCGUUGUGCAAGGAUAUCAUUAAUGGGUACAUAGCUCUGGAAGAGGAAUCACAACACCGUAAUAUCGUCGCCUGGCGACCAGUCGUGGUGGAUGUGUUAGAGGGCUAUGCCAACUUCCCGGAACCGGCGUUCAAGAGCCACGUUGAGACCUUCUACCCACUUGUUGUGGAGUUGUUCGGAAAGGAGCUAAGCGGCGAGUUGAGAACGGCUUUGCUCCUCGUGCUGAGGAGGAUUGGGGAGAACGUGCUGGGUAUCAAGGGAAUGGCAACUGCACCGGCAUCAGCCAAUGCUACAGAUGACGACAGGAGAAGUAGUGUCGUGACGGUAUCCGACGGGACCGCCGUGGACCAGGCCGAUGGGGAUCCGUCGACGAAGCUGAUGGGCAGGUGA